CUGAGUCCAGGAAGAGGUGGGGACCAGCAUCGCCAACUCAGCAGCUUCCAGGUGCUCUGAUGGCAUAUAAGGCUCCUGGGCCUGCAAGGUAUCCAGGAGGAGGACGCCGGCUGUGAGCAGACAGCGGAGCAGAGGACGCAGAGCCAGGGACAGUGAGGGGACUGAGACAGGGAGGCCAGCGCAGCGCCCAGGACCAGAUACCUGAUGGACAGCGACACCUUCACUGCGAACUUCAACAAUACAGAAUUGCCGCAUGAGACCUGCCUGUGCUAUGAGGUGGAGCUCCCAGAUGGUGACUCCAGGGUCCCGCUGGACCAGGACAAGGGCUUCCUGCAAAACACGGUGACUGACCAGCCUGACGGCAGCAGGGGGCAGCUCCCAGUCCAGGGACCUUCAGGGGAGAAGCUUCUCGGUGCUCACGGGGUGUCCCACAGAGCCCUUUCACCUUUGUUCCCACAGCUGCUGCGGCUCCACCUGGAGUCGGGGGGUAGGGACCGUUUCUGCCGUGAUUGGCAGCUUUGCUCUUCAUCUCCCCCCGCGGGGCCGGCCCCGCCUCUCAUCUCCCACGCAGAGACGCACUUCCUGGACCUGAUCCGUUCUUGGGAGCUGGACCGGGCGCUGCACUACACGGUCACCAUUUUCAUCUCCUGGAGCCCCUGCGCUCCCUGUGCUAAGAAUCUGGCUGAGUUCCUGAGGGAGAACUCCCACGUGAGCCUGCGCAUCUUUGCUUCCCGCAUCUAUAGCCUCCCAGGCUAUGAGGAGGGACUACGCACACUGCAGGCGGCUGGGGCCCAAAUUGCCAUCAUGACCUCCCAGGAGUUCAAGCACUGCUGGGAAACCUUCGUGCACCACCAGGGAAGACCCUUUCAGCCCUGGAAUGGGCUGGAUAACACCAGUCACGAGCUGUCCCGGGACCUGCAGGGCAUUCUCCAGUAGAGGACUCCUUCCUGCCUGCCUUGCCCCUGCUCUCCUCCCUCCCCUCCUCUCCCUGGAUCUGCCUUUCCCUCUCUCAGAGUCUCCUCUGGGUGAGCUUGUCGCUCCUGGGUCACCAGCUCCAUCCCUCCCUUCCCUUGUCACAAGCUCCCUCUGCUUUCCCACCCCCCUCCUCCUCCAUCUUUGUAACUGCCCCGGACCUGUUGCAUCUUUCCAACUGUCUCUCUCCCUGCUCAUUCAACUCUGCCUUCUCAUCCGAGAAUCAGGAACACUGAAGGACGGACAUCAGUCUCUAAAGAAGGCGGGAGCGGUCUGUUGAACUGCGCGACAAAGCACUUUCUUUCAAGAAGUGUGAACACACCAUUUGCCGCCAUCUCCAGACUGAUACAAAGAAACCAGCAAAAGACAAUGAGCUCAUAAGAAACAAUUUAAAAAAAGAAAAUCUGAGUAGAUUUACUUCUCAUUUAAAAUCUGUCUUAACUUCCAAAUCUACAUCAGUAAGAUUACACUCAAUACCAUCAGAACAGCGUUUAAUUUUCAGAGAAAUAACUAUUCUAAUUGAUUUUAAAUCCCAAGCAAUAAAAUGAAAUAUUAAGA